AGGGGUGAGCCAUCUCUGCUGCACGCUGUCUGCCUGAGUUGCAAUUACACCUACAGAUGCCUUCUGUGUUGUAUGGUGGCUGCAUGCUGGCUCUUAAAUUCCUUUGGCUGUUUGUGUUAGUAGAAGCAACUACCAGAACCUAUUAUGUUGGGAUUGUGGAGGAGAACUGGGACUAUGCACCAACUGGGAAGAAUCUGAUUACAGGACAAAGCCUCACAGAAGAUGAACAUGCGAGUGAGUUUGUGAAGAGAGGUGCCAACAGAAUAGGACGUAUUUAUAAGAAAGCUGUUUAUAAAGAGUUCACAGAUGGUACCUACACGCAGGAGAUCCCCAAGCCAUCCUGGCUGGGAUUCCUUGGUCCAGUCAUGAAGGCUCAAGAAGAGGAUAUCUUUGUUGUUCACUUAAAGAACUUUGCUUUCCGUCCAUAUUCUCUGCAUCCACAUGGUCUCUUCUACUACAAAGAUUCUGAAGGUGCCCUCUACCCAGAUGGAACAAGUGGCAAAAACAAAGAGGAUGAUAUUGUUGUUCCUGGUGGAAAUUAUACAUAUACAUGGCCAGUGAAGAAAGAAUAUGCCCCCACUUUGGCAGACCCAACCUGCCUGACUUGGAUUUACCAUUCACACAUUGAUACACCUCGAGAUAUCAGUUCUGGGUUAAUCGGACCAUUGCUGGUUUGUAAAAAAGGAAGUUUAGAUGACUCCUCGAUACAGAGCACUGAUGCUGCUAAAGGCUUUGCCCUGAUGUAUAAUAUUGUAGACGAAAAUCUCAGCUGGUACAUUGAUGCAAAUAUAAAAGCUUUCUGCUUGGACCCAACCACAGUUGACAAAGAGGAUGAAGGUUUCAAGAACAGCAACAAAAUGCAUGCUAUUAAUGGUUACAUUUUUGGAAAUCUCCCCAACUUGGAGAUGUGUGCUGGUGAAUCCGUGUCCUGGUAUUUGAUUGGAAUAGGUAACGAGAUAGACAUCCACUCUGCGUAUUUCUACGGCCACACCAUCAUUAACAAAGGCCACAGGGCAGAUGUCGUCAACCUAUUUCCAGCAACCUUCAUUACAGUGGAAAUGAUUGCAGGGAAUGUUGGGAAGUGGCUAUUAACCUGUCAAGUAAAUGAACAUUUACAAGCUGGUAUGAAGGGGCUGUAUAAUGUUCAGAUCUGCCAUAAAAAUGUUUCUCAGCCUUCGUUGACUGGUCAGGAAAGAAGAUAUUUUAUUGCUGCUGAAAGUGUGCUAUGGAAUUACGGCCCUGAAGGCUAUGAUAAAUUCACAGGGCAGGCCUUGAAUACCACUGGCAGUGAGUCCGCACCAUUCUUUACACAAGGGACUGAUAGAAUAGGAGGACAAUAUUGGAAAGUUCAGUAUGUGGAAUACACUGACGACAAGUUUAUCAGAAAGAAGAACCGAACUGAGGCUACAAUGCACCUUGGAAUACUUGGCCCAGUUAUCAAGGCUGAAGUGGGAGAUACUUUGUUAGUUACUUUUGCCAACAAAGCUGAGAAGAACUAUAGCAUUAUGCCCCAUGGUGUGAGCUAUAGCAAGCAAUCAGAAGGAACCUCAUAUUUAGAUGGACAUUGGAAGCUAGGAGCACAUGUUAAACCCUGUGAGACCUUCACAUACAAAUGGAGAGUGCCUGAAAACAUUGGCCCAACCACCAGCGAUCCGCCAUGCCUGACCUACCUGUACUACUCAGCAUCUGAUCCAGUCAUGGACACCAACUCUGGCCUCGUGGGACCUUUGAUAGUUUGUAGAAAGAACACUUUGAAUCAUGAUGGAACACAGAAAGGAAUAGACAAGGAAUUUUAUCUGCUCUUCACAGUCUUUGAUGAGAAUCUCAGCUGGUAUCUUGACAAAAAUAUUAAGAUGUUUACUGGGGACCCCUCAAAGGUAAACAAUGAAGAUGAGGAUUUCCGGGAAUCCAACAAGAUGCACGCUGUAAAUGGCUACUUGUUCGGUAAUCUGCCAGGAUUGGUGAUGUGCAAGGAUGACAAAGUUUCUUGGCAUAUGAUUGGCCUAGGCACCUUCACGGACAUGCAUGGAGUUCAUUUCCAAGGAAACACCAUCCAUUUGAGUGGGACGACAAGGGAUACACUGCCCUUGUUUCCGCACUCAUCGGGGACGGCACUCAUGCAGCCAGACCAUGUGGGCAUUUUUAAAGUGGUUUGCAGAACAUUUGAUCACUUUUUGGCUGGAAUGAAACAGAUGUAUGAAGUGAAUAGCUGUAGCAGUACAGCUCGCCCUGGGCAGCCCUAUGGAACCAUGAGAACGUAUUACAUUGCUGCAGAAGAAGUGGAAUGGGAUUAUGCACCUAAUAAAACCUGGGCUCUGAGUGACAAAGAUGCAAGUUAUGGGAAAGUUUUUGUAAGCCCAGGUGAAGAUCGGAUUGGUUCAAAAUACAAGAAGGUGGUUUACAGAGAGUACACAAACGGAGACUUUACAAAGCACAAAGUGAGAUCAGCACAGGAGGAACACUUAGCAAUCCUAGGGCCCUUAAUCCAUGCAGAGGUUGGUGAUUCUAUACUCCUUAUAUUUAAGAAUAAAGCUGUCAGGCCCUAUUCAAUAACUGCACAUGGCAUAGAAGAAGUGGGUAGUGGAGAAAGACCUGGAACACUAAUCACCAUGCCUGGGGAAAUAAAUACAUACAGAUGGAAUGUUCCAGAAAGGUCAGGUCCAGGUACUUCUGAUCCAAACUGCAUCAGCUGGGUUUAUUAUUCAACAGUGAAUUUUGUCAAGGACACUUACAGUGGUUUGGUUGGGCCACUAGUAAUUUGCAGAAAAGGAAUACUAAAUGAAAAGGAUUUAAGGAGAGAUAUUGACCGUGAAUUUGCUCUUCUGUUCAUGGUCUUUGAUGAAAAUGAGUCCUGGUAUUUGAAUGAAAAUAUUGAAAAGUAUCUGCAUAAGUGUUCUGAUGACUUUAAUUACUCCAAGGACUUUCUGGAGGGUAACAUCAAGCAUGCAAUUAAUGGGAGGCUGUAUGACAAUCUCCGUGGGCUAACAAUGAAAGAAGGUGAAAACACAAACUGGUACUUGAUAGGAAUGGGAAAUGAAAUCGAUAUCCAUACAGUCCAUUUCCACGCAGAGACCUUUAUCUUCAAGACGGAUAAUGAUCACAGAGCAGAUGUGUAUGACCUUUUCCCGGGGACAUUUCAAACAAUCGAACUCAUAGCGGAUAACCCUGGAACAUGGCUUCUGCACUGUCAUGUAGCUGACCACAUUCAUGCUGGCAUGGAAACAACUUUUACCAUCAGCAAAUCAGAUAACAAAGUUCCUUUAGAAGGGGGAGUAACAACCACAGCAUAUGACUCAAUUCAUGUCAAACAUCAGGCUCCUGUAAAGGAUGACAGAGAAAGAAUCAAAUUCUUAGGCAAAGCUCUGGGUGCAGGAGAAGCUAACUCAACACUCAUAGCCCUUUUUUCUGUUGGACUUGUUCUUCUGGCAACAAUAUUAAUCCUCAUCAUCCUCAUCACUUGUCAGAGAAAAAGGACAUACUACAGGUCUGUGCAACCCAAGUGUGCGCUCCCAACUGAUUCCCUGUAAAUCUGUAUUUUGGAGACGUUUAUAGAGCUCUGUUGGAUUUCAUUGUAUAUUGUUGGUAUAUUGAGGCAAGAUAUAUGUUUGUGAAGUUUACAAACUGAGAGCCCAAUCCUGCAGCCAUAAGUCACAUGUGACAUAGGCUGCAAGCUUAGGUCCUGAUGACCAUAUCCUGCUUGUCUUUGCAGCCUGAUUCUGCUCUGUUGAAGUCAGUGUGAGUUGUGCCAUUUAAUUCAAUGGGAGCAGGCUCAGACUUAGGGCUAGUGUACAUUAGAAGCAUUAUAUCAGCACAGCUGCAGCAGCUGUGCUGCUGUAGCGCGUCUGGUGGCGAUGCUCCUCACCAACGGGA